AUGAACACUAUCUUCUUCAGACUUCUUCACAAUGUCGCUACUUACAAAUCAUUUUCCUCUAUUCAUCUGCAUCUGUCAAAACAUUUCACAACAUUAUCCUCUUCCUCCUCAGAAGACAAACGAAAAGGUCUGGAUCAAGCUUUAAGAAUUUUAAAACUCAUCACACCAAAACCUACUCUUACGCAUGUCCGUCAAAACCAUCUCAACCUCAUAAAAUCUUGUUUGAUUGAUAAAAAUCCUGAUGAUCAUAACAUAUCUUUUAAAAAGACACCCCUUGAAGAAGUUCCAAACAGGGAUUUUGUUUCUAAUGUCGAUAAGAAUAGUCUCUCCACUGCAUUAAGUUAUUGUGGGUAUGUUAGAGGUUUCAUUCAUGGAAUCCAACUCCAUUGUUUAGCAAUCAAGACUGGGUUUGAUUCAUAUGUUUAUAUUGGAACUUCUUUGGUUAAUUUGUACGCUAAAUGUGGUGAUCCGGUAAAUGCAUAUAAAGUGUUCACUGAAAUGCCUGAAAGAAAUGUUGUUUCGUGGACUUCGAUAAUUGCAGGAUUUUCUCAGAAUUUGCACGUGUAUAUGUGUUUGAAGCUUUACAAUCAAAUGAGGAAUUCAAAUGUGAAACCAAAUGACUAUACUUUUACAAGUCUGUUAAGUGCUUAUACAGGUAAUGGGUUUCUUGUGCAAGGUAGAAUAGCUCAUUCUCAGAUUAUUCUUAUGGGUUUUGAUUCAUAUACUGAUAUCUCAAAUGCAUUGAUAUCUAUGUACUCAAAAUGUGGUGAUAUUAAGGAUGCAGUUUUUAGGUUUGAAACUAUGGAAAGAAGAGAUAUUGUUUCAUGGAAUUCUAUGAUUGCGGGUUAUUCACUGCAUGGGUUAUCUGAGAAAGCUAUAAAACUUUAUGAAAAAAUGCAGAAACUAAAACUUAAACCAGAUAGCAUCACUUUUCUAGGAAUUCUAUCAUCGUGUCGACACGGUGGGCUUGUAGAAAUUAGUAGGCAUUGCUUCAAUUUGAUGCUUGAAAAUGGGGUUAAACCAGAUUUAGAUCAUUAUUCGUGUAUGGUUGAUAGUUUAGGUCGAGCAGGGUUGCUAGAAGAAGCUAAAGUAUUAAUAGAGGAAAUGCCGGUAACUCCUAAUGCAGUUAUAUGGGGAUCGCUAUUAUCUUCAUGCAGACUUCACGGGAAUGUUGCGAUUGGAAUUCAUGCAGCUGAGAAGCGUCUUUUAUGUGAACCAGAUUGUGCUGCAACUCAUGUGCAGUUAUCAAAAUUGUAUGCCAUUGCCGGGCAAAGGGAUCAAACAGUGAGAAUUCGAAAAUUGAUGAAAGAUAGAAGUUUGAAGACGAAUCCUGGGUAUAGUUGGAUUGAGAUUAAGAACGAAAUUGUCAGUUUUGGAGUUGAUGAUGGAUCAAACAUGAGAGCUACUGAAAUAUUUGAUGUAGUUGAUAGUUUAGUUGAGAACAUGAACAGUUCAGUAUAUGUCCCAAAUUUGCAUGAAGGCAUUGAAGGGCUUGAGCUUUAACCGUACUGUGGAGCAAAAUUCUGAAAGCCAAGUAUCUUAAGAAUACCAGUUGCUGGUGUGUCAAGCAGCCUCAAAAAUGUUCCUCUACUUAGUAGGAGUUGGUCUUGAUAUCUGGGCAGACCCAUGGAUUCCACCCUUCAGAAUGUCAAGCCAACUAUGCCAAACCAACUACCCCACAAUAUUCAGAAGCUGGUGAGUGAUUUGAUGGUCCUAAAAUGAGAGGAAAUUGAACCAACUGUUGAUACAGAAAAUUUUUGAUCCUUCGGUAGCCUCUCAGAUUCUUAGAAUCCAUAUUACUAAAGAUGCUGAUCGGCUGUGAAUUGGAUGCUCAAACUUAUGGUUGAUCUUCUGGAAAAAGGAAAAUAUUGCUACAAAAUAUUCACGUGUUUCAGUGGAGGUUAAUGCACAAUGGAGUAGGGGUCUUUCAAAAGAUAGGAAGGAUUACUGAAGGGAUUGUAACUGACUGCAGAUUCUAUUACUCUUAAAGAAAUAGUCAUAGAGUAAUCUCUUGCUAAGGAUAAUGGAUACAGCUCCUGUCUUGCUAAGGAUAAUGUUUUGCGUUCUAUUUGGAAGACUCGUAAUGAGGUUGUUUUCUUGAUAAUGCUAAGCCUCAAGUGAAACAUAUCAUUAGCUAGAAUUGCUUUGUACUGGUUCUCUCAUUUUUACUUUCAUGGUCGAAGUGAUGAAAAAUUGAGUACUUACGCUGCAGAUUCUACGGAUGUGUUUCAGAAUUUAGAUGAAUCUUUUUGGGCUGCUCCUACAGGUAACACUAUCAAAAUUAACAUCUUUGCUGCAAUCGCAGAGGGGCAUGGUUCUUGUGCUGCCAUUGCCAGGAAUUUUAUUGACCAAAUUCUCUGUCAUAAAACUUCUCUUGUUGGGCCUUCCAUUCCUACUGUUGCUGAAGCUUCGGGACUCAUUUUUGCACUCAAGAUUAAAAACUACCGUCCACGCCAUCUGAAGCUGAGCUUGUUCCUUUGGUGAAUGAAACAUUCUCGCUAGCGAGAGAACGAGAAGAUGAUGAUUGAGCAUAAAAGUUGUUCAUUCGUAGGCUUGACCAUCCAAAAUCACACUGUAAGAUUUAUCUUGUGUUUUCGCAUGUUACACAGGAAAUGUUAUACAUGAAGUCAUGAACUUGUUUUUGUUAAAUAGAGUAUAUCUUCCCCCAAUUUUUCAACGUCUCAUGUAUGCCAGCGCCCAACUGAUUCAAUGCCUAAUUUAUUUAUUUUUAUGGAAAA